AGGCGGGGGGGGAGGGGGGUGGUGUCCCCGGCCGGUUUGGGGGGUGCGUUGCCCGGAGACGGAAAGUUUGGGAGCCGGAGCGGGCUCAGCGGCGGCCCCGGGAAGGGCGUCCAGGGGGCGGCUGCCCUGGGGAUGGGGAAGGAGCAGGAGCUGCUGGAGGCGGCCCGCACCGGGCACCUCCCGGCCGUGGAGAAGCUGCUGUCCGGGAAGCGGCUCUCCUCAGGCUUUGGGGGCGGCGGCGGCGGGGGCGGCUCCGGGGGGGGCGGCGGCGGCGGCGGCCUGGGCUCCUCCAGCCAUCCCCUCUCCAGUCUGCUCAGCAUCUGGAGAGGGCCAAAUGUGAACUGUGUUGACAGCACUGGGUAUACACCUCUGCACCAUGCUGCUUUGAAUGGCCAUAAGGAUGUGGUCGAGGUUCUUCUGAGGAACGAUGCCCUGACCAACGUGGCUGAUUCUAAAGGCUGUUAUCCUCUGCACUUGGCAGCCUGGAAAGGAGAUGCCCAGAUAGUGCGGUUGCUCAUCCAUCAAGGGCCCUCACACACCAAAGUCAAUGAACAGAAUGCUCUUGCGAUCAAAGAACUCAAAAAGUACGGCCCCUUUGAUCCUUAUAUCAAUGCCAAGAACAACGACAAUGAGACAGCCCUGCAUUGCGCCGCGCAGUACGGCCACACGGAGGUGGUGAAGGUCCUCUUAGAGGAGCUAACAGACCCUACCAUGCGCAACAACAAAUUUGAGACACCUCUGGACCUGGCUGCACUGUAUGGGAGACUGGAGGUGGUGAAGAUGCUCCUCAACGCACACCCCAACCUCUUGAGCUGCAACACUAAGAAGCAUACCCCUCUGCACUUGGCAGCAAGGAACGGCCACAAAGCUGUGGUCCAGGUCCUCCUGGAUGCUGGCAUGGAUAGCAACUACCAGCCACGCCAAACCUGGGUCACUGUUCUGACGACGUCCUGCUCUGCGCUCUCGUUUGCUUUCCAGACGGAGAAGGGCAGUGCUUUGCAUGAGGCUGCUUUGUUUGGCAAGACCGAUGUGGUGCAAAUCCUGCUGGCUGCAGGAAUUGAUGUCAACAUAAAAGAUAACCGUGGACUGACUGCCCUAGACACUGUCCAGGAACUGCCUUCUCAAAAGAGCCAGCAGAUAGCAGCACUUAUUGAAGAUCACAUGACUGGAAAAAGAAGUGCAAAAGAGGUAGAUAAAACCCCCACACCCCAGCCACCUCUCAUCUCCAAUAUGGACUCCAUAUCACAGAAGUCUCAGGGGGACGUGGAGAAAGCAGUGACUGAACUGAUCAUCGAUUUUGACACGAACGCUGAAGAGGAGGGUCCCUACGAGGCGCUGUACAAUGCUGUCUCCUGCCAUUCGCUGGACAGCAUGGCCAGUGGGCGAUCGUCUGACCGGGAGUCCGUGAACAAGGAGGCCGAGGCUGCAGGAGUGAAAGCUGCUGGAGUGAGGCCUAGGGAACGUCCACCACCUCCAGCCAAGCCCCCGCCUGACGAAGAGGAGGAAGACCGCAUAGAUAAGAAGUGUUUUCCCUUGACAGCUUCUGAGGUCUUGGCCAUGAGACCCUGGAUUCAGGGGAGCGCAGCUAGGGAAGAGGACGAGCAUCCUUAUGAGCUGUUGUUAACAGCAGAAACAAAGAAGCUGGUGUCAGUGGACAGAAAAACAAAAGACCACAGGCGGAGCAGCAGCAGCCGGAGCCAGGACUCUGCGGAGGGGCAGGACGGGCAGGUCCCAGAGCAGUUCUCAGGUCUCCUCCACGGCUCCUCCCCGGUGUGUGAGGUGGGGCAGGACCCUUUCCAGCUGCUCUCUGCCGCUGGCCAGAGCCAUCCAGAAGGGUCCCCCUCACAGGGUGCCUGCCACGAGGCCAGCAUGCAGCUGGAGGAGACAAGUGUGCACGCUCCUGGAGCCUCCCCGCCCAGUGUCCUGGACCAGAGUAAAAGAGUGGGCUAUCCAGCAGGCCUGCCCACCACCAACAGCCAAUCGUACCCCGAAACUUUGACUCACACAGCAUCUUCACACCCUGGUGGUGCCGAGGAAGAAGGAGACCGGAGCGGGGCCAGGAGCCGGGCCCCUCCCACCAGCAAACCCAAAGCUGAACUCAAACUCAGCCGCAGCUUGUCCAAGUCUGACUCCGAUCUCCUGACCUGCUCACCCACGGAGGACGCUACAAUGGGGAGCCGGAGCGAAUCCUUGUCCAACUGCAGCAUUGGGAAGAAGAGGCUAGAGAAGUCGCCCUCUUUCGCCUCGGAGUGGGAUGAGAUUGAGAAAAUCAUGAGCUCUAUUGGAGAAGGGAUCGACUUUUCUCAGGAACAACAGAAGAUCUCAGGUUCGCGGACGCUGGAGCAGAGCGUCGGGGAGUGGCUGGAGGCGGUGGGGCUGCAGCAGUAUGAGAGCAAGUUGCUUCUGAAUGGCUUUGACGAUGUCCGCUUCCUGGGGUCUAACGUGAUGGAAGAGCAAGACCUGCGGGAGAUUGGCAUCAGUGACCCACAGCACCGGCGGAAGCUGCUCCAGGCUGCACGGUCCCUGCCCAAGGUGAAGGCUCUGGGCUAUGAUGGGAACAGCCCCCCAUCGGUGCCCUCCUGGCUGGACUCCCUCGGGCUGCAGGACUAUGUCCAUUCCUUUCUGUCGAGUGGCUACAGCUCCAUUGACACUGUGAAGAACCUCUGGGAACUGGAGCUUGUCAACGUCCUAAAGGUUCACCUGCUUGGCCAUCGAAAGCGCAUCAUUGCCUCCCUUGCAGACCGGCCCUACGAAGAGCCGCCCCAGAAGCCCCCGAGGUUUUCCCAGCUGAGAUGCCAAGACUUGCUCUCCCAGACAUCGUCCCCCCUGAGCCAGAAUGACUCCUGCACUGGGCGGUCCUCAGACCUGCUGCUGCCUCCUGGGGACACAGGCAGGAGGCGGCAUGACUGUCUUCACGACCCUGCAGCACCCUCCCGAGCAGAGCGCUUCAGAAUCCAGGAAGAGCACCGUGAGGCCAAGCUGACCCUUCGGCCCCCCAGCCUGGCUGCCCCCUAUGCCCCCGUGCAGAGUUGGCAACACCAGCCAGAGAAGCUCAUCUUCGAGUCCUGCGGUUAUGAAGCCAAUUAUCUGGGCUCCAUGUUGAUCAAAGAUCUGCGAGGGACAGAAUCCACACAAGAUGCCUGUGCCAAGAUGCGGAAAUCCACCGAGCACAUGAAGAAGAUCCCCACCAUCAUCCUUUCUAUCACGUACAAAGGUGUCAAGUUCAUCGAUGCCUCCAACAAGCAGAAUGUCAUCGCGGAGCAUGAAAUCCGGAACAUUUCCUGCGCGGCCCAGGACCCGGAGGACCUCUGUACCUUUGCCUACAUCACCAAGGACCUACAGACCAGCCAUCACUAUUGUCAUGUCUUCAGCACAGUGGAUGUGAACCUGACCUACGAGAUCAUCCUGACGCUGGGGCAGGCGUUUGAGGUGGCCUAUCAGCUGGCCCUGCAGGCCCAGAAGUCCAGGCCCCUGGGGGCCUCUGCGGCUGAGAUGAUUGAAACAAAAUCUUCCAAACCGGUGCCUAAGCCUCGGGUCGGCAUGAGGAAGUCAGCAGUGCCGCUGCCCCCUGAUAGUCGCUGUUGUUACUGUCACACCUGCACCACCCAUCGUCCUUCUUACCUACCGCUGCGGUCUCUUAGUCCUGGAGUCAAGCUGGAACCAGCCGAUAUGGACCCAGAUGCCCAGUCCCAUGCCAGCGUCUCCUGGGUUGUGGACCCCAAACCAGACUCUAAGCGGAGCCUCAGCACCAACUGAGCCACUGAGGAACCGACUGUGCUGCGGAAACAGCCGUGGGGGGCACAGGCUCCCACCGCCACCACCACCAUCUCACCUGCAGCUUUGAAGACCCAGGCCCAACCUCUGCCCUAGGACCUCCUCUCAGCUGCUUGGCCUGGGCCUGCCACCACCAGGUCUUACAGAGCGAGCCUUGCCCUGGCUGCAGAGAAGCACUCCAGGCCUCUAGCAGACAGAACUGGCACUCCAGAGGGUCAAGAAGUGACUUGUCCAGAACAUAUUUUUUAAUAGAAAAAUUUUUUUUUAUAAAAUGAACUUUUAACACUCAGCUCAAACCUCUAGGUUAAACUGCCAAUCUUGAGACAAAUGGCCAUAGGGUCAGAGGACAGGGGACCUGAGAUUGGCUAAGAGGCCAGUCUGUCCAGCCCUCUGUCCUGGGGAUGGGAUCUUGGCAUGGUCUGGAGGGCUGAAGAGAAGGCAGGGCCUGCAGUGAAUUGAAAGCAGCAGGCGCAGGGGCAGAACUGAGGAGGUUUGUCAGAGUCUGCUGCUCAAACCCACCCAAGUUAGCUGCUGUUUCUUAUGAGUGGCACGAUAGCGUGUCCCCAUCUAGAGCUGGACACAGCCUCUUUCCGCAGUAAGAACGCAGCCUUAGGGGCACCUGGCAAAAGUAAAGGCUUCGGUCCGUGUCUAAGGUUCCACAUGUGAAGGUCCAGGGGUCAAAUGGAGAUGAGCGACCAGUUCCUGGUCCCGUGAAGUCUGAGCCAGCCCCUGGUACGCCGGGCCGCCCCUGGUCUCUGACCUGCCCGAGUCAGAGCACUGCCCUGGACUGCCUGGCCCGUGAGCUCUCUGCGACCUCAGACUGCCUGAGUUGAGUGAGAAAGGAGAAAAAGCAGCUUUGUUUUGGGCAUUAAUGGGUAGGUCAGCUAAGAUUGCUACCUGCCAGUUUGUGAUUUGUGUAGUCAGAUGUGUGUGUUCAGGACUCACUCAUUCUCUGAAUUAUUGGUUUGACUGUUGCAUUUUCAGCUGCUCGGCUCAUCCCUGGCUCCAAGUGUAGAGAAGGCUAAAUAAGGUGACAAUUUGAUUCUCCCCCAGUGUGGCCUUCAGGGCAGGCUGGCGUCCUGGUACACCACUGCCGCUUAAGCCCUCUUGCUGGCUUGCUUUGCUUUUUUAACUUUGAUGUGUUCCUCCUCCUAGAGAACAGUAGAAACAAAGUGUCUAAUUCCCGUGUGGCUGGGAGGCAGAGCCAGGUCAGCUGCAUGUCCAGUACCUUCCAGAGCAGGAGCAGAGAGGACGUUUCCUCCCGGGGCCCCUCGGCAGGCAGACCGCAGGCUUUGCUGGCAGGUGCAGUCUGAUCCCAGGAUCCACAUUCCAGGCUUCAGCAGUGCUGUUCUUUCCCAGCAAAGGUUGCGAACAGACCUUCUCUGCUGGUGUGUGCGUGCAGGGACAGUGCCCUGGGGCACACAUUUGAAAGCAGGGCCCUGUGGGUUUCCUCCCUGCUGAGCUGGCCAGGGCUGCAGGCCCUGGGAGUCGCCCCUCUGGAGUAGAGGCAGGUGAUCCUCCACUGCUCAGUACUAAACAGGGACCUCAGCCCUGGGAGUCUGACUUCUCCUGCCUCUUCCAGGGCCUCAAGGAUUCCCAUCAGCUUCCGCUGCGCCCCCCCUCCCCCGGCAGUGACAAGGAAGCCUGAGAUGGGUGGGUCGCCGGUGCCGCUCCUGCUGUGGCGCUCGUGCAGGUGCCCUUCCUCCCUCCUGAGCAAGGCCGGGUCUCACCGCGUAGGCUUCUCGAUAGGUGGCAGGUCCCAGCAGAAACUUUGUAGACACUACAAUGAGCUCCUCAAGCUGUCUUUUUGUUUUUAAGUCAUACAUAGGUGUUCCUCCCCUCGAAGCUGCUAUAUCUUCUUUAUUUAUUCAGGGUGUUUUCUUAUUGGAAGCCUUGGCUGGUCUGCUCUGGCUGUGGGUUCUGUUUUGAGAUUGGUUUAUUUCUGAAUAGUCAAGAGAGGAAAGGACUAGGCCUUUCUUUUUCACUCCUCCUCCGGGGCAGGUACUCUGCCUUCCCUAGAAAGGAAUAUUAUAACUUUAAGGACAGGCUUCAAGUGGAAAAGCCCCUGCUUCUGCAUGUCUCUGAGUGCAGGUCACGCGAUGUGGCUGCCCUGUUGCUGCGUUUCUGAGUCGUGCGGGAGCCCGUCCAGGCGGGACUGGAAGUGGGGUCAGCACUCGUCGCCGGCCGCAGGCUCGCUGCUCGCCUCCUUCCUGCUCGCCAGCUCCUCUGGGCAGUAGGACUUCCCUCCCGGCAGGCUCUCCAUCUGUAACUUAUGCCUCCACGUCCCUCUUGGCCUUCAGCCUCAGACUCUAGGGGGAGUCCUCGAGAAGCCUCAGGGUGAGCAGGCAGCAAGCGCAGCUGCAGUCGCCAACACGGCAGAAAGCUAGUCUGAGCUCCGUCAGUUUCUGAGAUGCCCAGGCCUGCAGACUGACUGUCAGAUGCAGUUCGCAGAAGUGUUGUUGCUAAUGGUGUGGCAUUGGGACUGAAUUGUAAUAAAAAUGUUAUUUAAUCUUUGUCUCUGUAUUUUGAUACUUGAAUGACUUCCCCUUUUAUUUUGCUGUACAUAUAAUUGUUAAUCUGUCCGAUUUUGUCUGAAUUACAAACAUCUUGUGGUACCAAACAUAAGCAAUCUGUGCAACAACAUAGAGUGACCUCACUACAUGAGAGCAAGUGUAAAUAUUCCUGGGCUGCCAGCUUUGGUUUUGUUAUUUUCAUAACUGUACAACCUAGAACAGACUGAAUUAAUAAAUGAGAAGCGACGUGAAACCA